GUUUAUUACAUGUAGUAUGCUUUUAGUAAUUACUAAUGCACAAAUAAUACCACACAUAUAACUUUACUUUUAAAGGAUGAGGCCAUAUCAGAAAGAAAAUACAGACAUCAUAUGCAUACGAUAAUCGGAGACAAUAGAAGGUAAUAUUAUACUUAAUUAUUAGAAUAUAAUAUUAUACUCAAAUUGAAUGCGAAAAAUACAAAUAUUUGAUUUAGUUUCCAUGUCAAUAUAGGAAUUUAGCUAUUAGUACUUAGUUUUGAUCAUGUUUUUGUAAGAAAUUGUACUAGUUAGGAAGGAAUUUAAUCAUAUUAAAGAUUAGACAAAUGAUAAAAAAGAUAUUAAUAUUUGAUUUAUCAAUUAUCACCCAUUUUAAUAUAGAAAUUUAAUAAAUAAUAAUGCAGUUUAAUCAUAAUAAUAUGUGACUAUAUUAGAUAGAAGUAUUUGAUUUUAUACUGUCAUUGCAUGCAAUGUAUAUGGAAGACAAUAUUAUCAAAUAUCACCUGUGUGACAAUAUUAUCAUGCAUACUAUAUAUACAGAAGAGAAUAAGGUCAGGAGAAACAUAAACUUUUCUUGAGCAAAAACUAUUAAGCUCAUGGCUCUUUCAAUCUUUACGUUUUUGUUUAUUUUACUUCAACUUUUCAACAUUUUGUUGACAUGCAAUGCACUACCAAAAUUCUCUGCAAUUCUAAUCUUUGGUGAUUCUUUGUUGGACACAGGAAAUAAUAAUUUUAUCCCUUCUUUUGCGCAAGCAAACCAUCCACCUUAUGGUGUAUCAUUUCCUGGUGGCGUUGCCACGGGUAGAUUUUCUGAUGGCAAACUCAUGUCGGAUUUUCUGGCUGAAGCUCUAGGUAUCAAGCAGUUGGUUCCUCCUUUCAUGGACCCGAAAUUGCCUCCAUCAGAGCUCCCUACAGGUGUCUGUUUCGCAUCAGCAGGAGCAGGCUAUGAUGACAAGACGAGUGCAACACAGGUUAUUCCAGUGACAGAACAGUACCAAAAACAUUUCAAGGAUUAUAAACAGAAGCUUAUUGCAACCGUAGGAGACAAAAAAGCUGCAGAUAUUCUUCAGAAUUCUUUCAUGUUCUCUACUUCAGGAAGUAAUGAUAUGGCCCUCAACUUCUAUGCAAACCCACUGCAAGCUGGAUCAAUUGAUCAAUACCAAAACUUUUUGAUAGGUAACAUUGCAAAGUUUAUAAAGUCAUUAUAUGCUGAUGGAUGCCGGAACAUGGCUAUAGCCGGGCUUCCUCCCAUUUGCGGGCCUCUUUCCGCUGGGGGAAUACUGGGAUGUGUUUUUGACAAUAAUUCAGAUGCUAAUGUGUAUAACAGGAAGCUCCAAGCAAUGUUAACUCAGUUGCAAUCCUCACUUCCUGGGAGCAAACUCGUUUAUGCUGAUAUUUUCACACCCUUGGUACAAAUAUCCUCCGAUCCAUUAAGCCAUGGUAUAUUAUUCCCCAUAAAUUGCUGCGGAGAAGGAUUUCCAACAAUGGCAGCAACAUGCAAUGAAUUUGUGCUAACUUGUCCGAACCCAGGAAGCUACAUGCUGUGGGAUUCAGUACAUCCUACCCAAGCUGUGUAUCGAGUCAUGACUGAUUUUCUUAUUAAAAAUGUUCUUUCUCAAUUUUAAUGAGCCACCAUGAUUCAUAAUAAGUUGCAGUGUACUAGUAGUCUAGCAACCUCAUUUCACGUAUUCAAUGAGUCGUAAGUCUGUAAUUAUAAUUUAAAUCGUGGAAUUAAGUUAUUUAUGAAAGCACUUCAUUGUCACUGUAAUUAUAAUUUAAAUUGUGGAAUUAAGUUAGUUAUGAGAGCACUUCAUUGUCACUGUUACUCUGGCCAAUGUAUGUUCUUUGUUGUUACUUCUGAAAAGCAUAAAAAAAACAUUUGAUUGCAUUUUUGUUUUAUAAUGACAUUCGUACGAGACAUAAAUACGAAUGAAAUUUGCCAUUCAGACUCUGUUCUACAAUAUUGUUUACUAAGA